CUGCGGUGAAGGCGAUCAGAACCUAGGCUGCGUGCUAUAUAGCGCCCCUGAAAUCGACGCCCCUCGCAAUGAUCCCACAACACCCUCAACAAGCUCCUCCUGCGCUUUCAUCUACUAUACGAUUUGCGCACGCUCAAGCUCACUGCGUCUCUUCCACAUCCCUUGGCUUCGAUCUGCAAUCCUGAGCGGUAUCUCAUCGCUGUAUCCCGCCAUCUCCUCGUUGCACAUUUGAGCCUCUUGCGGCAUAUCGACGGUCUACCAAGCAGUCCCACUUUGCAGUCUCCACCAACAUGCCUGCUACACUCAAGCUGAUUGUCACAGCUAGCCUGGCCAUUGUGGCCACGUUGGCGUCUCUGACGCAGGUCCAAGCCGCUCCCUACGGCGUGCCUCUGCGAUUUGGCCACCAUUCUGGCCACGAAAUCGAGCAUCACGCCAAGCGUGACGUUGCUCUCGUCCAACGCGAGGAGACGACCGAGCUGGUUAAGAUCACCCCUACCAAGAGUGGCAGGCCGUCCGAGAUUGGCGCUAUUCAGUACACGAAAGCCUCAGCCAUCCAGAAUUGGCGAAGAGCAGUCAUUGGCGACAGCGUUCCAGCACGCAAAGAGGUACCAAGAAGCCUUGGCAGCCACAUCACUGCUCUGCUUUCUAGCAUGCGCCACGUCAGGCGUGGCUUGCAAGCACCAGAAGUCUUGGAGUCUCGCCGACUACAUGGAUCGGGUACUGAGGACCGGCAUGAAGCUCGAGAUGACCCCUUGGAGAACGUCGGAAGUCAAGUCGAUGCCUUGCAACGCCGUUCGACCGAUCAAGUCGAAGCUCAUGACUGAACACGACCGACCAUCACUGCGAUCUACAACCUAACCGUAUUCGCAUGGCCACCUUUCCGUCGCGUUGAAGGAGGAUCCGGCCUAAUCAACGAGAAAGCAGCAAGUACUUCGGCACGAGAUCAAUC